AUGGCUCUGUCUCGUACGAAAACGCAACCAACUCUUCGCUCUGUCCUCCUCCGUCGCCUCCCAAGAAAUCAGGGAUUUCAAAUUGUAGGGUUUACUGAACUCAGCCGGCCAUGUCAACCUUCUGCGGAUUCUUCGGGGUCGCCGUGGCCUUCGUCUUCUCCUGUAAUCCCCCCUUCGAUCGAAUCCCAGGCCUCCCGCGAUCCGGAAUAUGGCUUUGAUGGUUCGGUUUCGUCUCCUUGUGGGGGCAUCGGGGGCGGCGUGCGGGUCGAACUUGAUGGGCGUGAUACGAAGACCGGAGCUCGGGAGAAGUCGAUCGUGCGCGUCGUCUUGGCCGGAGUGCUCGGGAUGCGGGCGGUGGCCAUCGCCGUUAUGUUUAGCAAUAAUAUUAUAGACCCUAAGGCCACCUCGUACUACCUUCUCGAAGGCUGCACCCACCUCUCGUUAGGGCUGGCAUGUGGCCUCGGUGGGUUCUCUGCGGGGGUGGCGAGAGGGCUCGAUCGGGAUGCCGGUGUCAGAUUGCAUAAACUGUUGUGUGAUUAUGUUGCGAUGCUCAAGUUUUUAGAUGCUCAUUCUCAGUCAGCUAUGUGUUCAAUGCUCAUUUUUCCCUACAUAGUUCACAAUGCUGUUGGCGAUGAUACUGAAGCUUUAGACUGAAAGCCUUUGUAAAUGCAAUUCUGGGACAUUUGGCUGUUGCUAUCUGAGUAUAAAAGAUUGACCAUACUUCUUCCAAGAAC